AUGGGAUGCCACCUCAUAUAUUUGCGAGGCUCUAGCCGGGCCUGGCUUCCAGGGCAUAAUUUCCGGCGCUCCUUUGUACCGUCGCGGCCGAUCUGGACAUUUGUCUCUCGCUUAUCAGGCCAGGGACAUAUGGAGKCCACUCCCAGAAUUCACCGGCUGGAGAAGUCGCAACAGCCUCGACCCGCGCCUCAAUCUACGCCUCGCCUUACGUUAGCGCAGGUUGGAAGGGUGCUAGGAACAAAUUCCAAAGGAAGACUUCCCAGCGAGAUCGAGAAUGCCAUAUUCAUUGCCAUCGACUGCGAGGCUUACGAAUUCGCUCAAAAUAAGACCACUGAAAUUGGCGUAUCCAUCCUGGAUGUAGCUACGAUUGCGAAUAUACCACCUGGAUCGAGGGCUGCAGCGUGGCUGGCGAAGAUGAAAUCGGAGCAUUUCAGAAUAAAGGAAUUCGGGCAUCUUGUCAACAAACGUCACGUCAAAGGCAAUCCAGAGGCUUUUUCGUUCGGUAACAGCACUUGGAUAGAAAAAUCGCAGGCCAAAGACGUUUUGGGUGGAAUAUUUGCUCCGGCAGGACCGGAUCAGAGUCGUAAUAUCGUGCUUGUUGGCCAUGGCGUGAAGAACGAGGUGGCAUAUCUCAACAACCUUGACUUCGACUUGAUGAACGCGCCGAACGUUGUUGCCAUCGUGGAUACUCAGUCCAUCGGUCCAGGUAAAUCCCAACUCGGCCUGAAAAAGCUUUGCGAGGCCGUGGGCAUGGAACCACAGUCCUUGCACAACGCUGGAAAUGACGCUGCCUACACUUUGAGGGCUUUGAUUCUUGCGACUAUUCUCCACGAUGAUUCCCCCACAGCCUUCGAAUCGGCUUUCCGGCCAGCCGUUACUAGAGUCGAGAUGUCACAGUAUCGAAAGCCAUACGCGGACCGUGAUCAAAGAGAAUACAUUUCCCCCAUAAAGAUGGUGGAACCUGUGCCAGACGGCCCGGACCCAUUGCCAACUCCGAGAAUAGUGAAAUCAAAAUCAAGCUCCCAUCAGGUGCGAAAGGCAAAAUGGUUAGAGAGACAAAAAACCGCCAAUGCCGGUCCGCCAGCGGCGCGCUCUCCCUCGAAAUCGGAUUGA